AUGAUGGACUCGAAGAUAAAAUCGUCAACCAUUUUUUGGAACCGAUUACGCAACAAGGCAGAAGAGCACGGUGUAAUAUCAAGCAUAUUUGGACGAUUUUGGCGUCCACAAAACAUCUCAGAACCCGAAACCUCCAGCUCUACAAAGUUCUACCUUGAAGAUGGCUCUGUGACCGAUGAAAAAGAGGACGGAGGAGUUGUCGAUUCACUAGGUGGUGAUAACCCGGCGAACUCAGAGGACAGUAGCAGCAACAUCCCUAAUUCUUCUCAAAUGCGAGGCAAUGGUAUGGAUAUGAAGUAUCGGCUUUCUCCUUCUCCAAGUGGCAACGGAGGCAUCAUUGCCGCCUUUGUGGACAAAUAUUCUGUGCGAAGUGCUGCAACAUUCAUGUGCCAGGAUCCGCUUUAG